AUGAAGCAAAAUACCGAUAUCUGCACGCGUGCCAUGAUCGUUACAUUGAAAUCGCCCUUUGGUAAAUCCACCAAUCAGAUCAGCCAGAUAACGGGUCUUUCACCACGUGCGAUUGACUCAAUUUACAGCAGAGCGUGCCAACGAGGCUUUGAGCCCAACUCGCCCACUAUUAAGCUGCUCCCUAUACACUUAGAGGAUGCCCCACGCGCAGGCCGCCCUCGUAAACAAGAGGAUAUCCACGAAGCUACCCUUGAAAAAGUACACCGCGAUAGGUACGGCAGAGAGAAAACCUGUGUAGAUAUAGCUGGAGACCUUAGGAUUCAAGGCUACGACGUUUCAUCCCCCACCGUUUGGAGAAUUCUUAAAGCAGCAGGAUAUAAUAAAACAAAGCCAACACGGAAGCCUAGUUUAACACAGAAAAUAAGGCAGGAGAGGUUUAAAUAG